UCAAAGUCUUGUUCCCGGGCGGCCGGGGCUGCAUCCCUUUCCCAUUCGCCGCGCAGGCCAGGACAGGCCCGUCAAUCCUCAAUGUUUCUGAGCCACUCACAGCGCGAGGCCGCCGCCGCAGCUCGCAAUAGGCUGACCACGCAUCCGGUUAGGGACCAAUCGAGCCUCUGGCUCUGCACGUCGUUGUGAUUGCUUCACCCCGUCCAGCGGGUAACCAGGGCCCGCCGUCGUAGUGCCUCCCAACUGCAUCCUGAUGCCUCUCCCAUUUGUCUGCUCCAUGCCCGAGAUAUGUGGGGAUUACCAAAUCCGGCCAUGUCCAUGAUGUGGAUUGGAGCACCGGCAUCCGUCCUCAACCACGAGCUGGACCCAGCCGAGCCUGGUCCCUGAGCUCCGCUCCUGAAAUGUGGGCUCGGCCGGGGCGCCGCGGUGCAACUUACUGCAUAUUCGCUUGCCGCCCGCUGCUUCUUCUAUGGCCUCGGCCCGUCUUGACGUUUCCUUCGUGUUCAUCUCUCUCCUCUGCUUUUGUUUCUUUCCUGCCGUACUAGUAGCCUCUGUGCGCUCAUCAAGACUUGCCAGUGCUGUCCAGGUCACCAAGAAAUCAUGCGCCAAUGAGAUCCAAACCACGCCCGACGUGAGGAACUUGACCCUGUGUAUUGCAAAUACGCAGCGGCAGGAGGAGCAUCCUAGCCAGAGCACAGGAGGCCGGGCCAGACGCCAAUAUGUGGGACUAUGGUGACGACAACCGGGGGCCUGAAAUGGCCGUCGUGGCCCUCGUCAUGACAUCUCUGAGUGUCAUCGCCGUUGCCCUGCGAUGCUAUACAAUGAUCACAAUACUCAAACGGUUCUUGGUCGAGGACUGGCUGGCCCUUCUCACAUGCCUCCUUCAGUGCGCCUUCUGCACUUUUGUGCUCCUUGGAGUCUCUCAUGGUCUCGGCGCUCACGUUGAACAUGUCCCGGAGGACCAACGACCAAAGGCCCUCGUCUUCAAGUGGGCUGGUCAAAUCGCUUAUAUCGUCGUGUCAACUUUGGUCAAAUUCGUCGUCGGCAUUUUCUUGCUCCGCCUGUGCGUCAACAACGGAUGGCAGCGCAUCACCAUUUGGGUAUUGCUCGUGCUCGUCGGGCUUUUCAAUAUCUUUUACGUCUUUGUUGCAGUGUUCCAGUGUCAGCCAGUGUCGUUCUACUGGUGGCGAUACGCCGAAAACGCGCCCAUCACUGGCAAAUGCAACGGUCGCGCCAUUGCUACGGUCCCAACUUACAUUGCGGUACUCUUGGGUAUAGCAGGCGAUUUGAUCCUCGCAUUACUGCCCAUUACUCUCAUCAAGCACGCGAAGCUGGACAAGAAGACUAAGAUCUCUGUGAUCUGCGUCCUCUCGCUCGGUUCACUAGCCUCAGUGGCUACUAUCGCACGCAUUCCAUACGCCCAGCAAGUUCUUUCUAACCCUGACUAUCUGUACAAUUUCAGCGACUUGGCCAUCUGGAGUAUCGUCGAAUGCGGCAUCGCUAUUACAGCCUCAUCACUCGCCACACUGCGCCCGCUCUUCGUCAAGAUGAAGCUUCUCGCGACAAAUCAUUUUACCAGCCGUUUCACCUCCUCCAAUGGUGGCCUUCCGAUGUUCACAAACAAGACUCAUACUUUCGUAUCGGCAUCCAAGUCGCAGAAACAGGGCAUAAAUCGGAAUUCUGCGACUACGAGGAACGGCACAGGCAUACUGAGGAGUGUGUCCGAGUCGAAGGACGGCAUCCAAGUCAAAAGAGAGUUUGAGAUGUCCGUGAUCACGCACUCAUCCAAAGACAGCAUCGAUCAGCUUGAGAAUGAGGUUGACGAGGUGAUAAGCCCGGGAACCGCCAAGAGCGGCAGCAUCCACAGUAGAGGGCACAGCUAUCAACAAAGCCUGCGCCUGAAUCCAAGCCCACGGUUGAGCCCCGCCCCUUCAAGUUCUCGACCAACACUCCAAGAUGCACCUAUUUUGAUGCCACCAGCAGCGAUCACAAGUCCAAUAGGGCCACCAACAUCACACGCCACGAAUGGAUAUUCCACCUAUACCGGUUGGCAAGCAAGCGCAUCCCCACAGAGCUCCCGCUCUGCCUCGGCUGCCAGGAAAGGCAGUUUUGGCCAGGUCUCAACCCCCUUCGGAGGUAUUUCUGUGGAUCAGCCAAGUUUGGAGCUCCGCUCACCCCCGCCUAUUUCCAAUGAGGGGCCUCGUUACAGUCACCACUCCACCAAAUCCCAAGACAGUUCCCGAUCUACCAGAACCCCGAGGUCAACCGCCACGAGCUUCCACCUCCCCACAAGGAUGCAACACUACAGCGUGGCGUCGUCUGCCUCAUGCCACAGCAGUUCGAGCACGUCUUCCAAGGCCAACUCACGUGGGACAUUUGGCGCGGACGGCCUGUCGCUACCAUCGCGCAUUACCGAGUCGGGUUAUGGCAAUCACACCCCGGAUAUCAACAACCAUCCAUCAAGCGUCCUUCAUCAAUCACCUAUCAUACAAGUACCAAACUCUAGUCAGGACACAAGGUUUCCCUUUGAGAAACCUAAUACCGUUGCUGGGUCAAAGAAGACGAAGAAGCGAAGGACACGAGUAAGCGCCUUCCUGGCAGACAACUCAUCGGCGUCCAGUGCGGAGAACGGGGACUGCAGUGAUGAAGAGCUCACUGGAACCAGGCCACAAUGGGCGGGGCAAGGCCGCGAGGCACUGCCGAGCCCAUUGACGAGCCACCCACCUCUGUCCCCGAGGGAGAACUGGGUAUAGACUCUUAGGUUUCAGGGGGCAGUAAGCCGAAGAUACCUACGAUUGUCCAUCCCAACCAAAACCCCUCACAUAAGAUUUAUGAUGGCGCAAGCCCUCUCUAUAUUGAUUUCCGACUCUAUUCCUACAACAUCACCAUACAUGUUAAUACACAUUUGUACAUCCAGACACCAAGCGUUGGUGUGAUGGUAAAGCAAGCCUCCACGGCGCAGGUCGGCAGCACAUUGUGCCUUUAAAAGUGUGGCUCCAAAAUGCGGGCAUGGGCCUCCAUUCUUUUUUUUUUAGCAAGCAUAUUAUACCCCAUAGAGAGAUUAAAAGAAGCCUUUGAAACGUCCGAAGAGGUUCCAGGUUCAUGCCGACUCGGGAUCGAGCAGAACGAAAGGAGCCCAAGUGACACAAGAUUCUUUGUGCUAUUUGUGUCUUACCGGUGCAUGAGCCAGACAUGGC